AUGAAAUUAGAAAAAGAGCACCACUUUAUAGGACUCAAGCUACUAAGUGCAUUCAGUAUAGGAUGUAUUGGUUCUGGCCAAAUGUUUCUACCCAUCUUUUACAAGAAAGUAUUGGGUUUAGGAAACGAUAAAAUCGGAUUUAUCUUUUCCAUUACACCCUUUGUGUCCUUUAUAGCGUUCCCUUAUUGGACAUCCUUAAUAGACAAGACUGGAAAAUAUAGAGAAAUCAUGAUUAGAAACAUGCUGAUUGCAUUGUUGUGUAUUUUAUUUAUUGGGCUUGUACCCUAUCUCUCCAACACAGAAUGGAUCCAAAUCGCAUUGACAUCCAUGGGUUGCUUUGGGUAUGCAUUUUUCGGAUAUCCCAUCAUUGCGGCGCUUGUAGAUACUGUGAUCCUUCGAGUGUUGGCUCAUCGCAAAGAUUUAUAUGGCCGUCAAAAGAUUGGAGUACCUAUCGGCUUUGCAACCUCUGUCUUCUUGACUGGAUUUCUUACGGAAAAACUAGACUCUCUGUAUGCUUUGUUCAUCGUGUUUACAGUAUAUUGCUUAGGGUUUGUCAUUACGCUCGCUGUUGUCGAUAUCAAUCCGCAUUAUUAUGAGCCCGUGGAGACAGGUGAGGAAGUGGAUGAUACCUAUGGAUCCAUGUCACCCAACAACAACAGUGUGGAGCAGGCAACUGCUGUGGUCAUCGAGGACGUAAAUGAUGGCAUUUGUGCUACACCAGAUCCAUCCAUGUGGCAUCUGCUUCAAGAACCUGAAGCCAUUCAGUUCUUUACCUUUAUGACUACCAUGGGGUUUGCAAUUGCAGUGGUGCAAGCAUUUCUGUAUUUGUUUAUGGAGAAUGAUCUGCAUGCUUCUUCCUUCUUGGUGGGCUUGUUUGGUCCUUUGGGAAGCAUCACCGAGAUUAUCGUCUUUUUUUUCUUCAAGCAAGUGCUUCAUCGACUAGGCGCACGUCGCAUGCUGGCAGUGGCUCAAUGCAUCAUCGUUUAUCGAUGCCUGACAUACAUUGUAUGCGCACGGAUUACCUGGGGCGCUUAUCUGGCCACAGCAACACAGGUACUGCAUGGCGUUGGGUUCUCAAUGACUUGGAGUGCUGCAGCAUUACAGGCGGAUCAAAUUGCACCACCCGAUCUCAAGAGCAGAGCUCAAGGGCUACUGAAUAUGGCCUUCAAUGGAUUGGGAAGUGGCAUUGGCGCCUUGGUGGGUGGAUUUAUCUAUGAGAGAUGGGGAUCUACCGUCAUGUGGGCUGUUGUAGCUGCAUUGGCUGCUGUCAGCAUUGUAUUAUAUACCUCUAAUUUUGUAUUAAGCAUUGUUUUUCUGCCUCUAUCGAAUCUUGUCAAAAGGUAUACCUCAUCACAAUAA